CAAGAUGUUGGCUGCGCGCACAUUCCCCUGGCCUCUCACGCAAGCCUUCCGCGCACCAUGGGUCUAUAUCUCCUCGACUAUGGCGCAGGCAACGUGCAAAGCCUUGCAAAUACCCUCAAGAAGCUUGGCCACGACUUCCAAUGGAUCGCAUCCCCUGCUGAUUUCGACAAAGCUACAAGCCUCAUCUUUCCUGGAGUGGGUGCUUUUGGCAGCGCAAUAGAUGGCCUCGUAUUACGCGGCCUCUACGAGCCCCUCCGCGAUUACAUCGCGUCGGGGAAACCAUACUUCGGGAUCUGCAUUGGGAUGCAAGUCCUCUUCCGCUCGUCCCUGGAAUCGCCCUCCUCCAAAGGCCUGGGCAUCAUCCCGUCUGACAUCGGAGUCUUUGCCAACGCAGACAAGUCCGUCCCGCACAUGGGCUGGAAUUCAGUCGAGUUCCUCGAUCCGGACGAAAAGGCGCACGAGGGGCUCGACCCGCGCGCGUCCUACUACUUCGUCCACUCCUUCCGCGCGGCGUACGACUGGGAGCGCCCCGACGUAGGCCAAUGGGCGCAUACCACCACGCAGUACGGCCAGGAGGUGUUCCUGGCUACUGUCCGGAAGGGCAACGUGUUCGCAUGCCAGUUUCACCCGGAGAAGUCGGGGCCCGCAGGGCUCAAGGUUCUCGACGCCUGGCUCAAGCAGUCAGAAGCCGAACGUGCGACGAGCCCUCCCACGCCCCGCGUCGCGCGUCAUCCGAAGCCAAAGGACGGGUUCACGAAGCGCAUCAUCGCCUGCAUGGACGUCCGCUCGAACGACGACGGAGACCUCGUUGUGACGAAGGGCGACCAGUACGAUGUCCGGGAACGGACGGCCAAUUCUGCAAACGUCGCAGGCGCGGUGCGCAAUCUCGGAAAGCCCGUCUCGCUCUCGGCGCGGUACUACGCAGAGGGCGCGGACGAGAUCUGCCUCAUGAACAUCACCUCGUUCCGCCACUCGCCGCUCCUCGACCAACCCAUGCUGGCCGUCGUCCGCGCCGCGGCGGAGACGGUCUUCGUCCCUCUCACUAUCGGUGGCGGGAUCAAGGACACCGUCGACCCCGAUGGUACGCCCCACUCCGCCCUCGAGGUCGCCGGCGAGUACUUCCGCGCGGGGGCCGACAAGGUCAGCAUCGCGACCGAGGCCGUGUUCGCAGUCGAGCGGAUGCGCGAACGCCCCAGCACGGAUGGCAUCGGGGAAGGCGACGGGACGAGUGCGAUCGAGACGAUCGCCCACGCAUACGGCCGCCAGGCCGUGGUCGUCUCCGUCGAUCCGCGACGGGUGUACGUCGAGCCCGACUACGACGGCCCGUACAAGGGCGAGCUCGUGUACGGGAAGCCCGACGGACCAGAGACAGAGCGUGGCAAGGCCUGGUGGUACCAGUGUACCGUCCGCGGCGGGCGGGAGAACCGGCCGCUUUCCGUCGUCCAGCUCGUCAAGGGCGUGGAGAAGCUUGGAGCCGGGGAGAUCGUGCUGAACAGCAUAGACCGGGACGGGACGGGAGCAGGAUAUGAUCUCGACCUCAUCGCGCUCGUGCGACGUAAUGUGCGGAUACCCGUCGUCGCGAGCAGUGGAGCGGGGAACGCGAAGCACUUCGUUGAAGUCUUCCAAAAGACAGGCGUUGAGGCGGCGUUGGCUGCAGGGGUCUUCCACCGUAACGAGGUUGGCAUAGAUGAGGUCAAGGCCACGUUGACGGCGGCCAAAAUCAACGUGCGGACGGUCUGAUGUAGGUCGAAGACGACAAUUUAAUGUAUCCGUAUACGUCCCAAUUUUCAAGGGCUCUCACUAUGCGUUCCGAGCAACCUUAAGCGUAAUCAUUGUGGACAACCGUUCAGCUCGGUGUACAUACAAAGGGUAGUAUUUGACAGGAUGGGAAACAUUGGUGACACAGUACGGUAAGACGAAGGUGGUGAGACCACCGAUUCAGGGAGCAGGGAAACCAGCGGAGAGGUUCCGUCGAGACUGGUAUCAAGUGACAGGGAACGUGGAAUCAUUAGGCGAGGAGACAACGGCGGUAGGCAUGCGGACUGUCGCGACGAGUACAUACGUACAAUCGUUAUGUGGAGAAGGAGAGGAGGAGUCGCGUGCUGGUAACACGGUAGUGAAGUCCCUCUAGAGAUAUACAGCCAUGUGAAGCUAGUCUGCAUGGCAAGCAGGACGAGGUGGGCUCCAGAAACAAAUACAGUCAACCGAAGGGGAAAGCAUACAACUGCGGCACUCGGUCAUUGAGGCGUACGAUCGUGACAUGGGGGGUGGGAAAGAGCACUUCACUUGGCGCGGCCCUUCACCACCGUCCCGACCUUCUUGAGGAGGCUGGUCUUACGUCCAAGACUAGCACCACCCAUGCCCAUUUCCGCUCCGUCGAAGUACUCAUCUGUAGUUUCGUAUGCAGGAGUGCCAUCCUUGGGAGGGCUAGGCAGGGACUUGUUCUUCGUCAUUGGCACGUGGUCCACGUACACGAAGGCGUCAUCAGAGGGGCUAGAGGCCAUGUUGGCACCACGGCCGAAACGCCCAGAAGGUCCGGGUGACAUGUCACGCCUCCCACCGUCGUCAUCGUAUGCGCCUACUGGGACGUUCGGCUGAUCACGCAUCUUGCGGAUGCGUUGCAUGAGCGACUUGUUUCGUCGAGGGGCAUUUCCGCCUGGGGAAUCAUAUCCAGCGCUGGUAGGCGACGGCGGGUUGUUACCGAGCUCGUUGUCUGGGACGAAGAUAGGCUGCGGCGGCGGGAUGCUGCGCUUCGCGGCGCGACGCGCAGGGGAAGGGUGGUUUUCUUCCAGAUACUCUCGAUACACGUCACGAGCAUCUCGCCCGUCCCGAGUGCGCCUUGAGGACCCAUUGCCACUCCUAGCGUGUUCACCGCUCUGUCGCGCGGUAGCUCCACCGCCCGCGGAGAAAUCCUCGAACGGCUCUGGCUCGUGGAUCCCCCACGCCUCCGCAAUGGCGUCGUGGUUCUUCUUCUUGGGGGCUUCGUAGGGAAUGAAGACGUCGGGCGACCUGGGUUGAAUCGGCUGAGCGUUGUUAAGGGCCUGCUGAUCUGCCUCGUGGCCCGCACUCCAAGCUAGCAUGGGUGCCUUCGUCCGGUGACGAUUGCGAGAGGGCGCACAUGCGUCGAAUGGGCCGUCAUGGUGGAACAUGGGUCCGACACCAGAAAAGUCCAGUCUAUCGAUGACAUCAGCAUGAGAGGACCCCUUCUUCUUGCGGCCGGUCUUGGCCUUCUCCAUGGCGUUGGCUGUGCGGACGACGGAGUCUUGAGAUUGCGAGCGUUUGGAGACGGGCGCGGUGGAGGGACGGACGAGGGUAGGAGGAGGGAGUUCGGUUUGGCUCCGAGCGACCCUCGCACGGGGAAUCUGAUCUGGGGUACCCCGCACGGUGACGGUGUCUCGAACGGCGUCCAUGGUAUUCUGGCGAUUGCCGGUGGAGGGGCGAGAAGAGUGCGGUUUCGCGGUGUGUUUGGGGGGAGGUGGUGGAGGUUGGACAGCAGCAGGGUAAGGCGGGGCGUUCCUAGAGAGGGUUGGAAUGCCGUAUGAAGAGUAGGAGACGUUGGCGGGGUCGUUGAACGGAUCAGCGCUGGCCGACCUGUGCCGGGUGUGAUGCUUCGAGACUUGCAUGCUGUUACGGUUGUUGGUCUGGGUGAGGGUGACCAGGAUCAGGAGGUCUCUCUAUCCGGCAACACGGUUUUCCCACGCCAAGACAAUGGACGGGAAUGAUAAAGCCACAAGAUGCUAAGUACUGGUGGUACAACAGAACGGGAGACGAUGCAGAAGACGACGGGUGAGAUGGAGAAA